GUACACACUGAGAUUAACGGGCUGUCGUUCAACGAUACGGGCACCAUGCUGGCUGCGGGUGACGACUCGGGCGACGUGAGGAUCGUGGAGGUGCAGAACGGGAAAGUUGUCCGCACGCUGCGCAGACACACAAACAUCUGCUCAUCUGUCGCCUUCCGACCGCAAAGACCGCAAAGCCUGGUGUCUGCUGGACUCGACAUGCAGGUGCUGCUGUGGAACCUGCAGAAGACUCGGCCGCUGUGGGCAGUGGACCUGCAGGACUCCCAUGAGCAGGCGGAACAGGCGGGUCGUCCCGGUCAGCUGUUCAACCCCCCGCUGGCCCCAUCCGCCUCCUCCUGUGGGGAUCUGCUGGCCUGCGCUGCCGAGGACGGCCGUCUGCACCUGCUGCGCGUGGGCACAGGGUCUCAUCUGGACCACCAGGGGGCGCUACAGGGCCACAGCCAGGGCGCCUCGCAGGCCCACUUCGUCCACUUCCUGCCGCACCCCUACUGGCUGCUCUCCGCCGGCAACGACGGCCUGGUGGCCCUGUGGGACGUCAGCGCUCACGCGCGCCCCCCGGAGGCCAAGGCCAGCAACAGCAGCCGACCGCCAGCCAGCCGCAGGAAAGCCAGAAUCAGGCCGAAGGGCCGACGCCCACCAGCCACAGCCACGCCCCUGGGGGAGGAGCAUGCAGGAGGCCCACAGAGUGCAGCCGCGGGGGAGGGUGUGUGUGAGGGGGCCGAGGCGGGUGUGUGUGGGGCAGGCCCAGGGACACAGGAGAGUACCGGACCCGCUCUCAGCUUCACACACACGGACAAAGUGAACUGGGUCUGCCCCGCCCUGCUCCAGGGCACACCCAGCGUGGUGGUGGCCGACCAGAGCGCCGAUCUAUACGUGUACCCCCUGACCCUCUAGUGCUGCCCCCUACUGGCCGACCAGAGCGCCGAUCUAUACGUGUACCCCCUGACCCUCUAGUGCUGCCCCCUACUGGCCGACCAGAGGGCCGAUCUAUACGUGUACCCCCUGACCCUCUAGUGCUGCCCCCUACUGGCCGAUCAGAGCGCUGAUUUAUACGUGUACCCCCUGACCGCGCUCUAGAGUGUGUGUUUAUUAGUGAAAGGUAAUAAACUGUGGGCUGCAACAUUCACAAAGUAUUUCUAACAGAAAGAGAGGUGAUGAGUCUGUGUGUGUGUGUGUUUGUCUGUGUGUGUGUGUGUUUGUAUGUAUGUGUGUGUGUGAUGGUGAUGAUGAUGAUGAUGGUGAUGACCUGAUAUGUGUGUGUGUGUGUGAUGGUGAUGAUGAUGGUGGUGAUGACCUGACGUGUGUGU